CACCUUUAUUUGCAACGUCCAUCAUUUUCGGCAGCAGGGCAGUAGACGUCUUCUGCAACUUCAUCCUGGGCCCGUUGAUUGACAGGACAAACACACGAUGGGGAAAAGCGAAACCAUGGAUUGUGGUAACGCAACUGAUCAUCACUGUGACGAACGCCUUGAUCUGGUAUGUCCCGGAUGUUGGAACGGGCGGAAAGCUGGCCUGGUACAUUCUACUGUACACUCUGCUGAAGCUCGCCAUGACGGGGUUUCAUAUUUCGAGCCGUACGUACGUGAUGUUUCUCAGCGAAGAUAUCUCAGACAAAGACUCGGCCGUUUUGUACAGGUCUGUUCUCACCGUCGGAGGGUUGGUUGGGGGAAUGGCGAUGCACGGACAGAUCCUGGCCUCAUACAGACGUUCAGGGUACGAUGCCUGUCACAGCAACGCCACCUACGGUGCCAACAACACCAACAGUUCUGUGGACAGUGUAUCUAUGGUGAUGAUGAAAAACGGCUACCUGAUCUCCUCUGCAACUGUGUGCAUCAUGAUCCUGGCCGGGGUGUUAGCCAUUAUCUUUGGAACAGCCGAGAGAAAAGAUAUUUCAUCGUCAUCUGGUGGAGAACGUGCCGGACAGUCCCUGCUCAUGAUCAAGACUUUGAAGACUGUGCUGACGUUCCGACCCAACGUCUAUUUUCUGCUGGGGUUUCUCUGUAUCCAAACAACUAUGGCAAUAGGACAUGGCACACUCGCCCUUUACCUACAGUACAGUCUGGACUUGGAAGAUCAGAUCGAGAACGUCAUUUUAGCUUUAAUGGCGUCAUCAGUGUUGACCAUACCGUUGAUUGCUUUGAUCGUGUCCAAAUUUGGGAAGAAGACUACCUACAUAUGCUGCCAGCUGGCCGGGAUCCCGAUGUUCAUUGGAUUCCAGUUUGUGCCCAGUGGCAGUUUAGCUAUCUAUGCUAUCAUCAUUGCUCUCGGCAUCCCGUUGGGUGCACAGUACUUCAUGCCAUGGGUCUUAAUAAGUGACAUUAUAGAGGACUGCUAUCUCCAAACCAAGGAAAGGCUGGACACCGCCUUCAUGGCCGUUUUGCUGUCUGUAGGCAGUCUCGGCAUCACCAUCGGACUGAUAAUGGCCACCAUCGGGCUGGAAAUCGGAGGCUACAAACUAGGAUCCUGUAUUCAGCCUGACGACGUAGGAAGCGCCAUGCGGAUUCUGCUGGCACUGUAUACCGCAAUCUUCACCUUUAUGGGCGUGGUGUUUCUAUGGAGAUACCCAAUCACAGAGGAGAGGCAAAAAGAAAUUACGGAGGCCAUAAGGAAACGGAAACAUGCAAACGCCUUCCAGCAAAGCGCCAGCCGACAACACGAAAGCCUGUCCACUGAUACGAAUGAAGAGGCUCUCCAGAAAGGUUCAAACAAAAAUGUUCCAUCUGCGAUAUAGAAAACUCUUUACGCAUUAUCAGAUAGUUAGCUCCAAAUCGGCAUAUCAACUGUAUCGUGUGAUGUUGAUCGCCAAAGUUGACGUCAUAAUGUG